UCGCGAAGCUCUCCGCAGCGCUAUGGUCCCCACCAUAUUCGCGUCGUCCCCACUUUCCGGCCGAGGGAAAAAAUACCUCCACGCUGCUUGAUAGUUCCGAGGAUGGAAAAGCGAAACCGGUUUAGAAUAAUCAUAAUCCCGUGACCGCGUGCAAAAAAUACAUCGACUUGAAUAUUUAUUUACCAAGCAGAGGUAUUGGCAUUUAAAGACGUGUGAAAAAUAUAUCAACUACAUCAUUUCCCUAACCUAACAGGUUGCUCCUAUUCGAACGCAUAAAUUGAUUGUAUUAUUAAAAAUUAACAGAUGGUGCUCAUCCCAUUGGCUUAUUCUGCGAAGAAUUUCAUUAUUGACAUACAAAUUACGAAUUGUAUUGAUUAUAGUCGUUUCCAGACAAAAUUUGAAAUUCUUUUCAAUCGUCUUUUGUAUAGAACAUAAAAGUGUUCAAUUGAUUGAAUCUGACACUUUUACUUUUUGCACGAAGCCAUGCGUACGUAAUUGAACAGUAUUAAUACGUAUUACAUUUAGUACACCAAAUUGAACAUUUGACGCAGUGAAGUCGAGUUAAAUGCGAAAUUUUCACCUCUUUCCCUUUCCAAUGUCUCCUCCAGGCAUGCUGCUCUCGUCCAUGCACCUCUUUUUUCUUCCCUCAAAUUUUCUUUACAAUUCCACGCUCUCUUCACCCUCCUCGAUUCGUAUCAUACAGACACGUGAUAAUAAACAGCGUUUUUAAAUAAAAGAGGAGUUCAUAGCAUACGGCCUCGUCUCAAUCAAAAGAUCGUCACAGUGAACGCGAUAAGAACUGGCGUUGAAAUCAAGAGCUCAGACCCGUAAUCUUCACAUUUAAUGCGACUUUACUGCAAUCGUAACAUUGUAUCAUUUACAUCGGUGGCGAAAAUGUACCGAAAAGAUAGUUAGGUGUGCAAACAAAUUUCUAGGCGGGAGCGAAAAAAUUUGUAUAGAAGCUAUGAAAAAAAUUUGUACACCUUUACUAGAAUUUAAGGGAAACGCGUAUGCGUAUGCGCGUGCGAUAGAAUAAGAUAAAACCUGCAAUUAGCUUGUCACGUUUAAUCGUUGUUGUAAAUGAAAGUGUUCAAUGUGUGUUAUAUUUUCACCGGACACCCGAAAAUAAAUGGAACUCGCGUAUAAACGCGAAUCAUCGCUCGUUUCUCUGCUCGGCUCGGUUCCUUGAAACUUGCGUGCGUUGCGAAAGAAAAUGCAACAGACCGCGGACACCUAUAUAUUGGCAAACAGGUGGAUGCAACCAUUUAUUGACGAAACGUUCGUUACUAUAUACGGAGUUUAAUAACAGAAAAAGAUCACAUUUUUACACCAACAUUCGAUUUAGUGAGCAGAUGCUGGAUCAGGCAGGUUCUGCGAUCGCCACAGGUAGACAAGGAAACGAAGCGAUGUCUGAAUUAACCGAGAUACAGUCGUUUUACAAAGGAAAGUGCAUCUUUAUAACCGGCGGGACUGGUUUGAUGGGAAAAGUACUGAUCGAGAAGCUGCUUUACAGCUGCAGCGAUUUGGACAAAAUUUACGUCCUGGCUCGGCCGAAGAGGGGUCGCGAUCCGCACGCUCGCGUCGAUGAAAUGUUCAAAUUGCCUAUGUUCCAACGAGUACGGAAGCAGAAACCUCAGGUGAUGAAGAAAGUGAUACCCUUGAACGGGGAUAUUAGCACGAAGAAUUUAGGACUCACCGAAGAGCAGCUGGAGACGUUGCUCAACGAGGUUCACGUAAUGUUUCAUUUCGCCGCGACGCUUCGUCUAGAGUCCAAGUUGAAAAGCGCCAUAGAGAUGAACACGAUCGGAACCCGUACCGUGUUAGAGAUAGCGAAGAGGAUGAAGAGACUACAAACGUUUGUGCAUCUGAGCACAGCGUUUUGUUAUCCGGACAAAGAAGAGCUCGACGAAAGAGUUUACGACCCGCCUGCUGAUCCCGAUGACGUCAUGAGACUGGUCGAAUGGAUGGACGAGACUUCUCUAGACCUGAUCACCCCUAAGUUGUUGGACCUUCAUCCAAACACUUACACUUACUCAAAGAGAUUGGCCGAGAAGUUGGUAGCCGACGAGUACCCGAACUUGCCUUGUACCAUCGCUAGGCCGUCGAUCGUGACUCCAUCCUGGGUCGAGCCGUUGCCGGGAUGGGUGGACAAUCUGAACGGGCCUAUGGGCGUGCUGGUCGGGGGAGGUAAAGGUGUCAUAAGGUCGAUGCACGGCAACGCCAACUAUCACGCGGAAGUGAUACCGCUCGAUCUCGCUAUCAACGCUCUAAUCGCCAUCGCGCAAAAGACAGCUACAGGCGAAAAGAAACAGAGCAUACCGGUGUACAACAUCUCGCAAAGUGGCGUGCAGCCGAUUACCUGGGGAGAAGUGCUAGGUAAAGGGAAGAAAGUUGCCUAUCAGUAUCCCUUCGAGGGUCAAGUCUGGUACCCCGGUGGCGACAUACACACAAGCAAAUUCCUACACAACCUGAUCUUGUUCUUCUUUCACAUCAUACCGGCUUACUUCAUCGAUCUCCUCAUGCUGAUAUUUCGACAAAAAACAUUCAUGGUUCGGCUUCAGAGACGGAUCACGGUCGGCCUGGAGUUGUUGCAAUUCUUCACCACGAGGGAGUGGAUUUUCCACAACACGAACGUAAUGAUAAUGUGGGACGAGAUGAGUCCUAAAGACAAGGAACUCUUCCCCGUCGACUUCUUGGUGGUCGACCUAACGGAAUACAUCAAGAACAGCAUCCUCGGCGCGCGACAGUAUUGCAUGAAAGAAGAUCUGUCCACUCUGCCAAAAGCUCGCAGGCAUCAAGCUGUAAUGUACGUCGUUCACAUAGUUUCGAUCUACCUGUUCUACUUCGGGAUAUUGUAUUCCAUUUACAACAACUUCGAGGUGGCCAGGUCCAGCGUGCAUUCCAUCGCGGAGCGUAUGAAGGCCCUGCCGAUUCUGGGCAAAGUCGUAUAACGGACGUUUGCGUAACGGCGAAAACGACAAGCCACGAAGCAGAUAUACACGGUUGACGAUGUAUCGUAUACGUGAAAGUAGAAAUCUUGUAUUUAUUGGAAAACGUGGGCCGAACAAGUUUUAUCUCUGAUGUAUAUGGGAUCGCGUAAACGUUAUUCAUGUACUCUGUCAGUUUUACCGUAUCUACGUUCAAGCUUUUUAUACGUUUCUGAUGCCAGCGGAAAAUGCGUUUAUCAUCGUUCCGGGGGAAAAUAUACGUUCUUCAUUCAAUAAAGUGUUUAUCCUUAAAUCAUUCCCUUUGAACGGUCAUACGAAACGAUGAAAAACCGAGGAUUACCCUCAGUGAUGGGAGAGUGGCGACAUCGAUCGAUGCUCCUCGUCUCUCUUCGUUCCUCUACUCUAUCGCGUUUACUUUUUUCACGUUCUUACGAAUCAACGUAUAUUGAACGGUGAACAGUUAGUUGACGGUGAUUCAAUAUCUACGUACGAACCGUCAGUCCCUAGUUAAAAUCGCCAAAUUCAUUCGAACGUUAUCUCAUCGAGUAUAAAAAUAGCAAUUGUCAAUUAAUCGAGGAGAUUGUUUUACAUACGCGAAUCGUCGGUCCUUAAUUGUUAAAUUCGGGUUUAAUCGGAGGUCUGAAUCACCGAGCUGGGGAAGGUUUUUCGAGUCGUUUCACACGCGCUGCGUUGAAUCGUUGCGGGCGCGAUAACUUUUUAAUUAAACGGACGGGUACGCCUUGAGCAUCGCGAGAUACGUACAGUCUCGAGGUCGAAGCAACGUUGGUGUACAGUCCCUGAUCGUUCGUAUCACGCAUGUAUGUAUACACGUAGAUGGUAGGUAUAUACGUAUGUCGAGUAUUGACCAAGCACGAAGGUGGCACGUGUGGAAUGCCAGUAAACGGCAAGACUGAUUGGAGAUCGACAGACCGUUCUUAAACCGUUCACGUAUACGUCGAUCGUUUCACCAAUUUCCCAUUUGGUAUCCGAUUGAUAUUCGAACGGCCCUUCUACAAAUACGUACACGUACUAAGUCCUGCCUAGACACGUUUCGUAAAUUGUUUAUAGAUCUUUUAUAUAAAUAGAUGUUAUGGUAAAUAAAGUAUACGCGUCAUUUUA